AUGCCUCCCAAGAAAGAGGUCGUUGCGGGUGAGGCCCUGCUCUCCGGAUUCUUGGACAAAGAAACCAAGCUGCUGGCCGCAGCCUUCCUGAGCUCUACUGCUCCCGACAAGUUCGACUACGAUGUGAUGGCCACGCUUACAGGCAACACCGCUGGCUCCCUCAAGAAGAUGUGGCCCCCGGUCAAGAAGAAGGCUCUCGAGGCCCAUCCCUCGUUCGCCGCCUACUUAGGACAAGCCGGUGUCGCCGCCCCUGCUUCUGCCGGUGGUGAUUCCAAGCCUGCUGCUGCCGCCAAGGUCACUAAGAAGCGCAAGGCUGCAGACGAGGUUCCCGAUGACGCUGAAGAUAGCACCAAGGACCUUGCUCCUCCCUCUGCUGCUGACAAGUCUGAGGCCGAGAAGUCCGACUCCAAGAAGAAGGCUCCGCCUGCCAAGAAAGAGAAGAAGGGCCCCACCAAGAAGCGCGUUCCCGUCAAGGGCCCCAACGCCCCAAAGAAGGCAGCCAAGAAGGAGCCCGCCUCUGAGGAAGAAGUCGUCAAGGACAAGUCCGCGGAGAACUCCGCCGACGGCGGCGACGGUCUCGGCGGCGAGAUGGAAGACGACAUCUAG